GCUUAAUAAGAUCGGCCGCCAAAAAAGAGCGAAAUCACUUUCAGUUUCGCAGUGACUUCAACGGUAGAUCAACACAUGUGCGCGGGAUGAGGAGACUUUGAUCAUUUUUGUUGUUUGAAACGUAUCAAAGUUGACGAAAUGAAUUUUUUAAGUGCCAUAUUUUUUAUUUUUGUCGCGGUCAGUGGGGCCACGGGGGAGUGUCCCACGAAAAAAACUCAAUCGAAAUUGAUUUGUUAUUAUAGUAAAUUGACACAAGCCGAUUCGUGUAAAUGUUCACAUGUUAUCUUGCCUGCGGAUGCCGAUAUCAAAUCCAUCGAUAGGUUCAGAGAGCACGCCAAAGGGGUCAAAAUUUUGAUCACCGUCAACGAAUUCAAUCAGGGAUUGGUCAACAUACUGAAAAGCAGUAAAGUGGACGGUAUUGAAAUCAACCUAAAGAAACUCGACUCGAAAAACGACAUCAGCGACUUCAUCUCAACCGUCCGAAGCAAACUCGGAGCCAACUUAUAUAUUGUCCUUUCUGUUCCUUCAAAAGCCGAGACCUUGGCGAAAUACUUCGACUUUAAGGCUUUGAGCAAAAAUGCGGAUUUGUUCAUCUUGCGAACCGCUUUUCUUGGAGCUUCCAAGAAUGUUACUUUCCACCCUAGUCGACUUUCCGGACUUUGGGACAUGCAAAAUACUGAUUCCGUGGUGGAUUUGGUGAGCGGUCUAGGGGCCCCCUUGUCCAAAUUGGUGAUUACAGCACCUGUUCAAGCUUUCAAGUUCAAACUCCAAGAUGAAAAACAUACAGCUCCGGGAAGUCCGGCUUUGGAAGUGCAGUCCAUCACGAGAGAUGAGCUUUGUAAUGUUAUGGGAAAUGGGGGGAAUUGGACGUUGGAGAGGGACCAGGACCAAACUGGGCCCUAUAUAUUUAGUAAAGACCAAUGGAUUGCUUUCGACGACUCUACGAGCAUCGACAUCAAAGCUAAAUACGCAAGAGUUCGAGGAUUGGCCGGAAUGGCCCUUAAAGACCUUUCGCAAGACGGCGGUACUAAGUGCGAAAGCUCUAUCCUUGAUGCAGCUUUCACGGGUUUGUCUCGCCAAGCUCGUGCCCCACGUGGUGCCGUUUUGCAUUCCUUGGAACGUGAAAUUCUGGAAACAUCAGCUCGACCCCUGGACAGCAUCCAAGUGUCUCCUUACCGAAUUUCCAGAGUAAUAGAUGUAGAGGGAAACGUGCACGUGAUUAGAAAGGAUACAAGGACCGAGUUUGAAUGUUCGCGUCAAGGAUAUUUUGUCCAUCCUCGGUCCUGUGGCCGGUUCUACCGUUGUGUCAAAUUCGAUCAACUUUCCGACGAAUUUAGCGUUUUCGAAUUCGAUUGUCCUGCAGGAUUGGCUUUUGACAGUCGAGUGGAGGUGUGUGUUUGGCCCGGAAGUUUGCCUCAUGCUUCCGCUUGUGCAGGAAGUAGUGAAAUUGCACCCGUGCCUCGGGAACGAUUCGUUUGUCCCAAUGAACCAGGUUAUUACGCGGAUCCCGAAAACUGCCGUUGGUUCUUUGCUUGUUUGGACCACGGAAAAUCUCCAUUGUCCGCCUAUGAAUUUAGAUGUCCCUUCGGUUUAGUUUACGACGAAUCCAGACUUCUCUGUGAAUGGCCUUGGUUGGUACCAAAAUGUGGCAGCGGUUAUGCAAUCGGUUCUGAAGUGGUUUACGGAGGCGCAGGAUCCGUUACACUUGAUCAGUACGAUGGUUUGGGUGUUCUUGGUGUAACAGCUCUUGGUGGACUUCAUGGUCCUUUACAACAGCCAGUUGUGUAUAGCAACGUAGGUGUUGGAGGAUUAUCUGUGAAAAGUGCACAGUCCUUGCAAAGUGCCGGAUUGCUCAAGGCUGGAUACGCCGAUGGUAAUCUUGCUUACUCAACUGUGGGUAAUGUAGGGAUUGAUGGAUCAUCUCUCACUAAUACAAAAGAACACGGUUUUUAUCGAGGUGAUGGGUAUGAUGUUAAAUCACAAGGUUUUGUUCAUGGAUCAAGUUAUAUUCAUAAUGCUGACGCUCACUUGGUAAAUACAGGACUUCGCCAAGAACAUGUUCAUAAUGCUGACACUUACUUGGUAAACACAGGACUUUACCAAGGACAUGUAGCUGGAGAUAAGACAACCAAUUAUGCACAAUAUGGUACUAAUUUAAAUUACGAAACAGGUUUGUCAGGAGCUGCUAUUAAAUCCGCAGAAGGAUAUGAGGGUAGUCUUCAUCUAGUUGGUGGGACAAAAACUGGUUACAUCGGUACUGCUGACGCCCAUCUCGUCAAUGGUCUCGCAGAAAAUUAUCAACAAGGUAUUUUAUUAAAUCAACAAACUGGAACUAGUUUUAUUAACGGUAUAUAUACGCAAGGAGGUGCAGUUUCCGGCGAUGACAAUCCUAAAUCAUCUGUUGAAUACCACGGGAACACCGGAACCACAUAUGGAAGCGGUACCAGCGGAAGUAUAAAUAUCGUCGGCGGAGGAUACUCUGCAGUCGGAGUAGCCACUGAUGGUGUUCAAACCAAUUAUGCAGAUACAGUAGCUCAUGUGACCCAAUCUCCAGUGGCAGUCUCCUCCAUUCCUACUGUAACUUCCGUUCCAGUACCAACACUUAAAGUUGCCUCAGGAUUUGAAAGUUACAACGGCGGAGUUGUCGCAAACGUACCCGAACUGCAGCACAAACUCCAAUCUACAUCGCAUGGAAGUAGAGGUUUUGCAAAUAUUUCGACCAGUUUUGUCAACUUAGUUUCAUCAACUCCAUCAACAGUAACAGUAGAAGAUGGAUAUCAUUAUCCUAAACCAACAACUGCUUUCGUUGAAGGACCAGCUAAAUCUAUAUCAACCGGCACUUCUUUUGUUCAACAAAACAUAGCUAGUGUUCAACCAGUUGUUACAACAUAUCAAAAACCUGUGAUUGUUUCAACAACCCAGACACCAUUCAUUGUUGAAAAAGUAAAUGUGCAACCGGUUGUAACUACAUAUAAAAAACCAGUCACCUCAUUUGUACAACAUAUCCAACCUGUGGUUACAACAUAUCAACAACCUGUAAUUGUUUCGUCAACUCCAGCUCCAGCAGUUGUUGAAAAAGUUAACCUUCAACCUGUCGUUACAACAUAUCAAAAAACUGUAGCUGUUUCAACACCGGCUCCUGUAGUAGUUGAAAAAGUUAAUAUCCAGCCAGUUGUUGCAAAAGAAAGUUUCGUUGGGUACGACUAUCCGAAACCGGCUGUUAAAUUUGAAGAAGCACCGGUGAGAACCACCGGUGGUAGCUUUAGCUACCAAAAUAUUGAUCUGGUCCAUAAAACUGAAGGUUACGCGUAUCCUAAACCAGCUGUAGCCUUUGAAGAAAUACCGGUAAAAACAUACAAACAAGAAGCAGUGUCUAGUUUUACUUAUUCAACUCCAUCAACUAUUAGGCCAGUAGUUGUGCAAAAAAUUCAACCUGUAGUACAACCUGUUAUCAAACAACACCAAAUCGUCCAACCGCAAAUCCAUGUAACGUCUUACAAUGUACCGUCAACUACAGUGAAACCUGUAAUUGUUGAACAACCACAAGUUUACGUGUCAUCAACACCUUCCCCGAUUCAACCAAUUGUCAAACAACAAGCUGUAUCAUUUUUGAAUUUCCAGAGACAUGAAACUGUUCAACCUCAACUUGAAGUGACCUCCUAUAAUUUACCAUCGUCAACUCUCAAACCGGUUGUUACUCCUGUCGUCCAACAAAAACCAGCUAUUGUAUCCAGUUUCAGUAUAUCAAGCAACAGUGAAGGUUAUCACUACGAAAAACCUAAAAUAGUUUUUGAAGAAAAGCCUGUUGUCAUUUAUCAACAACCAGCAUUACAAAAAACUGUAGUAGCCAGUCAACCAGUUUACUCAACUUACAAUUAUCAAACACCAGUCAGUACUUACAAUUACAAGAAUGUUGUGAAAUCAGCAGCCAAUCUAGGAUAUUCAUAUCCAAAACCUACAAUUUCUUUUGAAGAAACUCCAGCUUCAGUUACUAGACUAAGUCAUAGCCAACCUGCCGUAUUCUCAAGUUAUAGUUACACAGCUCCAACAGUACAGCCUGUGGUAGUUCAAAAACAAGCACCUGUGGUUACUAGUUACACCUACAACGCACCGUCAACUGCCAAACCUACAGUUUUCGUUCAACAACCUGUUGUAAACACUUACGUAUCGUCUACACCUAAAUCAGAAAUCUUAAUCCAUCAACAACCUGAAGUUACGUAUACACAGAAACAAACAGCAGUGGUUGCUCAACCUGUAAUUACAUACACCCAAAAAUCUGUUGCAGCCACACCCAAACCUGAAGUCUUUAUCCAACAACAACCAGUUGUUACGUAUACUCAGAAACCUUUUGUAUCCACCUAUGCCUCAUCUACACCUAAACCGGAACUUAUUUUCCAAAAACAACCAGUGGUUACAUAUAAAAAACAACAACCGGCGGUUGUUUCAAGCUUCACCUUCACAAAUAAUGUGCGAGGUUAUGAUUACCCAAAACCGGUGGUACCGUUUGUAGAAGAACCAACUCCGGUUGUAACGUCUUACGAAAAUCGUCAACCAGUUGAAGAAAUACCGUUUGUUAAGAAAAAGACGUAUGUGACUGGAAGGCAAACGAAUUACCAAUACGUGGAACAACCACGAUUAGAAUAUAAACAACCACUUGUGGUAUCAACAACGCCCAGAUAUGAGUAUAAACAACAAUAUAGUAUUGAUUCAGGUUAUGUGUAUGACAAACCAGCAAUUCGUUUUGAAGAAAAACCAGCAAUUGUCGAGACUUACGAAGCACCUAAAGUACCAAAAACUUUUGUAUCUUCAACUCCAAAAGCUAUAGUUGACUACACUUACAUCCAAUCAACUCCAAAACCAACUUUUGCCUCCGCUGUUACCGAAAUUGUAGCCACCAAACAACCGUUUACUUUCUACGAUAGUAGACUAAAUUCAACUCCUAAACAACAACAACCACGAUUUGAAUAUAAACAACCACUUGUGGUAUCAACAACGCCUAGAUAUGAGUAUAAACAACAAUACAGUAUUGAUUCGGGUUAUGUGUACGACAAACCAGCAAUUCGUUUUGAAGAAAAACCAACAUUUGUCGAGACUUAUGAAGCACCUAAAAUACAAAAAACUUUUGUAUCUUCAACUCCGAAAGCUAUAGUUGACUACACUUACAUUCAAUCAACUCCAAGACCAACUUUUGUCUCCGCUGUUACCGAAAUUGUAGCCGCCAAACAACCGUUUACGUUCUACGAUAGUAGACUAAACUCAACUCCUAAACCUGUGGCCUAUUCAACUUCUCUCCCAGUUGUUGAAACAGUUUCAACCAGUCGACCAAUUUCAAAAUAUUCUUUUAGUUCUUUAAACGAAUACAACAAAAUCGCCAGUUACGUACCACCGGUUAGAGUAGCCGUAACACCAGCUGUGGUUACAACAAGCCGGCCAAUCGCCAAAUACUCCUUCAGUUCUCAACCUAGAGUUGUUGAAAAUUAUGUUGCACCAAUUGAAGUAACUCCACCAACACGUGAUUACUUGCCCGUCAAAGUAGCAACAAGCGUACCAACUGAAGCUUAUGUAGUACCAGAAGUGGUAAAAGUCACAACAGCAAGACCUAGGGUUAAGGUCACAAGUCUACCAACUGAAACUUAUGAAGUACCAGAAGUCACAACUGCAAGACCUAGGAUUAAGGUACCUGAAGUGGUAAUCCCAACACGUGAAUAUUUGCCCGUGAGAACAAGAGUCAAGGUUACUCCAAGUAGUACUUACUUACCAGUAGAGGAAGAAAUAGUUUCGACUAGCAGACCAGUUCUAAAAGUCGCAAGACCGAAAACUAUAAUUAAAGUUAAUGAUUUCCAUCCGUUACUUUCGGCCAAAUUAGGUGCACAAUGUACUUGUACAUCAAAUACAGUGAGACUUCGUAAGAAGAAGUUGAGGAUUGUUGUGGAAGAUGAUGAUGAUGAUGAUGGUUACGUUGUUGAUAAUGAAAAUAACAGCAAUGACGGUGUGGUUGUUGAAAAUUACCAGUACGAACCCCAAAAACUCGACAUUACUCCAACUCCCGAAAUCUACAUUAAAAGUACCACUAGUCAAGUAAUCGAACCGACUCCAUCUCCAACUUAUAGUACCAGAAAACGUGUCCGAGUUCGACCUACAACUUCAACGGUCUUGUACGAAUCCCCUGUAACUCAAGCUGCUGAAAUUUUUGUCAAAAAAGCUGUAACUCCAGUUGUUGCUAUAAAUGCAGUAACUGAUGAUGACGUAAAACUGGCAAAAACGUCUCUAGAAAGCCGUGGCUUUGAUCGUUACGGUCCCGGAGGUUGGAGAAGUCGAAACGAAAAGUUACAAGGAACAAUCGACUGUCAAAGAGCUGGUCUCUUCAGACACCCAACUCAAUGUAACAAAUUCUAUGCUUGUCGAUGGGAUUGUACGAAAAACAGAUACACACUACAUGUUUUCAACUGUCCGGUCCAUCUCACCUUUGAUAAUAAUUUGGGAGCUUGUAACUGGCCUAGUCAAGGACCUGCUUGCUUGGAAAACACUCUUCUCCCCAGUGAUUAAUUAUAAGUUUUAGUAUUUAUUCGCAUUGUCCAUCAUUUUAUUUAUUACAUCACCCAUCACGAAAUUCAGCUUUUUGGGUCUUGGAUUAUAGUACGUUCUAAUGUAAGGUUUUGUAAAAUAAAAACAUAAAAACAA